CGACCCACCCUUGCUCAACUCGACUUACGCGAUGCGUGAACUACCAUCAUCUUUCAAAAAGCACAUAACGAGAAGCUAGCAACGUGACCGACCAGUUUCACUACGCCGCUUCAAUAAUACAUCAUGGACGACGACUACGGUGCAGACGACGAGCUCCUGGCCGCUAUGGCCGCAGCUGAUCCCACGCCUGCCGCACGAUCAGUUCAACAACCCACGCCUACAAGAAUCCAACAACCUACACCCCAACGUCUAGAUAAAGCACCGCCAGCUGCCUCCAGCGCGGGAAAGGUUGUUCAACCAACACCACAGGCUCUACCUCAGAAGCAGUCUGGUUCAACUAUCCUGGUAUCUCCGCGCCAGCGAGGAAAUCCUGUUCUUACGAGCAUUCGAUCAAUGCCAUGGGAGUAUAGCGAUAUCCCAGCUGAUUAUGUUCUGGGAUUGGGUACUUGCGCUCUGUUCCUGAGUCUCAAGUACCAUCGUCUGCAUCCCGAAUACAUCUAUACACGAAUCCGUAACCUUCAAGGCAAAUACAACCUGCGCAUCCUCCUCACCAUGGUCGACAUUCCCAACCACGAAGCCUCCUUGAAAGAACUAUCAAAGACAUCACUCGUCAACAAUGUCACCCUUAUCCUCUGCUGGUCCGCCGCUGAAGCCGCACGCUAUAUCGAGUUAUACAAGAGCUACGAGAAUGCUACAUUUGGUGCGAUCCGUGGCCAACAACCGUCCAGCUAUGGUGAGAAGCUGGUAGAGUUCGUCACAGUGCCGAGAAGUCUGAACAAAUCAGAUGCGGUCGCUGUAGUGAGCAAUUUCGGCAGUUUAAAAAAUGCAAUCAAUGCUGAUGCAGAACAACUCGGUAUGCUAAAUGGAUGGGGAGGUGUUAAAGUCAAGAGGUGGCAGUCUGCAGUCGAAGAGCCAUUCAGAGUGAAAAAGGCUGCCAAGAGAGGCGCAAAGGCCUCGGAACGAUCAGCAAGACUUGACCAGGCUUUACCUCUUUCGCGGGUCCCUCUACGAGAUAUGCCAUCUGCUGCAUCAUCUUCGCGACAAUCUCCCGCCAAAGAUACACCUUCUGCAGAAAAGACAAAUGAGCCCGCAUCCAAGCAAUUCCAGUUUAUGGACAACACCGAUGAUGAAGACGAUGAAGAGGCCAUGCUUGCAGCUGCUAUCGAGGCAUCGAAGAAGACUGCCCAGACAGAAGAGGCCACCCGUGCGAGCCAGACAGAUAAGGACGAGCAGCUCAGUGGAGGUAUUGCUGCUGCAUUGGCAAGACUGCGAGAGAAUGAUUGAACGAUUUUACUCUACUCUCAUUAGAAUUCUUGUCGUCCAAGUGCCUGAUUCCCGAACCCCGAGGCUGACUUGGUUUGGUACCACACUAUACUCUACAUAAAGCCAACCAACUGCAGUUCAAUAUCACGCCAGAAAGGCAUACCGACUCCUGGAUUGCUCACGAUUGUCUCCUGCCAAGAAGAGCUGAAUAGUCUAUUCGGACAAAGAGUCGUCAAUGGCAGCAUAGAAAUCUCUAGGCUGGGGAAUAUACUUUGACCUUAUGGGAGUGUGACAAUUCCAGGGCGAUUACGAGCAUCUGCUCAAGAGAUUGGACAACGAACAUCAUCUGGGUAAACAAUCUAAGGUGGCGUUGAGCCAUCUGAUUCAUGGAACGAGUAGCUCUCGAUUCUGCUAAGAUUUACCCCGGAUAUCUGAGUCCUGCAACACAGCCAGCGCCAAUCGAUAGCUCCUCCAUAACUUAUGAUCAUGAAAGUUGGCAUAUAAAUGAGGUCGCCACGAGAAAUUAGGCUACAUGUAUAAUAGGACAGUGGGAACAUGAUAUAUCAUACAGCCUCACUCACCUCAACUUUCUAUAUAUAUACAUCAACCAAUCUGGCUUUAUGGCGUUCUUCGUGCACCGAAGCUUUGAACCAACUCUAGGCCUGCUGUCAUUAUUGAUUUGUUCAUAGACGUCACUGUUAACAACAUAUCAUCCACCACUUGGAACGCAGUGAUCACAUGUCAGGCGAACCAUAGGGUUAUAUCGAAACUUGUAUUAUUCAAUUCGGUUCAGAGUUGAGAAUAUCAUCCGUAUAGCUAUCAUUUCUCGUCAAUUGACUUCAGGUCGUAAAUCUGGACCUCGAGUCAUGCUCGAGUUGUAUGCUUAGGCACCUCCAUCACGCUUAGCAUACUCCUCCUCCAUCGCCUCCUCAUAAAGUCGAUCGGCCUCUUUCUCCUCUUCAGUCUUGGGCCUUGUUACGCCUGCACCAGUGUUUGCGCCUGCACCGGUAGCAACGCCAGUGCUGUGAUUCUGUUCUUGUUGCGGGGUUUGAGGAGAAGUGGUUGUUGCUGGCUCUGAAAAAGCGGGGAGACCCAUGAUGUUUGAUUGCGAAGGCUUAGUGUUGUGUGGUGGGCCAGAAGAGAAAAGAAGUCUCGAAACGUAUAAAAAUUGUGUCUUUUGAAGCUUUUGAUGAGACUUGUAGUUGUCGCGAUGAAUAUAAACGAGUCUCUUAUACUUGAUGUGGCAAUAGUGUGGCGAGUGAGGUACGUCACCUGUGGCUCGUGCUACCGUGGAACCAGCAGCAAGGAAUGACCUCUCAGACGAGAAAGAACUGAGGAUCAAUUCCAGACUUUUUGGUUGAGCUCCGUUUUAACC